AAUGAAUGGCUUAGAGAUCACGGCAAUAAACGAAUAUGCAGCUUGGAUAAAUUCAAAGAUAUGGUUUCCAGAGGAAAAUCAGAAAUUCGAUGGCUAUAACAUUAGUUAUUACGCGUUUAGAACAACAAUAAGGAAUAUUCUAUUCAGUCAUAACGUAAAAGGAAUGGAUAAAUUUCAACUCUUGUUGAAGUGGACAAAAGGCCAAGCUAGAAAACUAAUAGAAAUUGUCUAUGAUAUUGAAACGAAAGAGCCAUUUGAUUUUGCAAUAGUGCUUCUGGAUAGCAGAUACGAUAGUUUAGCUGCAAAAUCUUCUAACAUAUUUGCCCUUGAAAAACUUUACACUCAGCCACCAAUUCUUGAGGGUAAUAGUGAUAGGGCGGCCGAUAUUGCUUCUGCUCUUACACGGAUAUUUUAUCUUAAUCCUUCGGUUAAGGAUAAACAGUUGACAGAUUACUCGUAUAUAGUAUGCGUGGCUCUUUCAAAGUUCAGCAAUGAAAUGAGAAACGAAUGGAAUGAAAGGAAAGAAGACCAGAAAGACUUUUUAAAUCUCAUACAUUUUGUUGAAAGGUCACAAGAAGGAGAAAUGCCUGUCGAGGAAAUGCACUAUCUGUGGAAAGUUACACCACGAAUUAAUACACUAAUAAAAAACCCCCUCAACCUGCUCCCUCCUUGUGAGGGAUGA